AUGGCAGACGUCAAAGCAAACGCCGAGGCGCUGAUCCCAAAAUUCAAGCUCGAUCGCGUCCUCAACCAAGACCAGGCGGGCCGUCGGACCUCCCUCCUGGGCACCAUCGACGUCAAGCCAGCCCUCCUAAUUCUAGAACGCGCUCCCUUCCCCACCGACCCGUCCUACCUAGCCGCCACCCCCACGACCCUCUCCUCCAUCGCGAAUCUCGGCGCAAACGAUAUCUACCACUGGUACCUCGCCAGCAGCGCCUCCCCGACGACGCCCGAUUCGUCUCUCGCCGACCUCAAAAUCAACCUCAUCUACCCUUGCACCGAGUCCCACGUCAAAAAAUACAGCAAACAAGGCGUCCGCCUCGUCACCGAGACCCCGGCGCUCUACGCCUCCCACAUCCGUCCCUACAUGCAGCGCAAGCGCGAUGAGGGCCGCCUCAACUGGGUCUUCAACAUCAUCGAGGGCCGCACCGAGGUCGAGGAUGUCAUCUACCGCACCGAGCUCGGCAAGGAGGGCGACGAAGGGUUCCUGCUGCUGCCGGACCUGAACUGGGACCGCAAGACGCUCGACGCGCUGCACCUCCUGGGUCUCGUUGAGCGCCGCGACAUCUGGUCUCUGCGCGACCUCCGCAAGAAGCACAUUCCCUGGCUGCAACACAUGAAGGCCAAGCUCUUGGCGGCGACCGUCAAGCAGUACCCGGACAUCGACAUUGACCAGCUAAAGCUCUAUGUGCACUACCAACCGACGUACUACCACUUCCACAUUCAUAUUGUGCACGUGCAGCUGGAAGCCGGCGCGACACAGGCAGUCGGCAAGGCGGUUGGGCUCGACAGCAUCAUGGAGACGCUCGAGAUCAUGAAAGGAGAUGACGAAGCGGGUAUGGACGGUAUUGCACUGAGUUACACACUUGGCGAAGCCAGCGAGCUAUGGACGGAGGUUUACGAGCCCAUCAAGGCCUCUAAGCAGAACGGUACAGCUUUUCAAUAG